UUGAUAAUUCAUAUAUCUUAGUCAAAAUGUAUAUAAAGGGUGUUAAUAAACUGUUACAUUUGUUCAUUCAUUCAGAGUUCAAAGAUGCAGAGCAACGAUACUGUCAAAUUCAAGAACACAUUGAGUCGAACAAAGUGGGAAAUUUUAGAAAUGCUUACGCCUAGAGUACAAAACUUCAACCUGCGAAUAUUUGACUACUUGACUCAGGCUAUAUUCCUGACAGGCAUGACAGGCAUCGCGAGUGUAGGAAUAAUAUUUGCUAUUCCAUAUCUGUAUAGUAACUAUAAUGACAAUGUUAUUUUGUGCUUACGAUUAUUUGGAGUUUUCAUAGUUUUUCAAUUAACUGUGAAUUGGUUGUGUAUAAAAUACGUUGAUACAAGUUAUAAGCCGUCACGUGACGGUAUUAUUCCGGACGGGAUUUCAAUUGGACAGAAAAUAUGCCACACUGUUGACAAUAACCAUAAUGACAGCACCAUGCGAUCCCGAAAAGACGCUACAUCACUCAACAUGGAAAUUAAUGACUCACAAGACAGCUUUAUGUAUGUCGCUAGUAAAGUACCCAGAACCCACACGGAGCCACCCGAGAGGACCCAAUACCCAUAUUUCUCGUGGGCCUCGUGUUUACAGUGUAACAGACCCCGCCCACCAAGAUGUCACCAUUGUCCAACAUGUGACAAGUGUGUAAUGAAGCGAGACCACCACUGUUAUUUUACCGGGGUGUGUAUUGGGGGUAGGAAUCUCAGACAUUUUACCGUAUUCGUAUUUUGGGCUCUCAUGGGCGCUUUAUUUGCAAGCGUACACUGUCUGCCAUUUUAUUACUACGAUAUUCUUCCAUACACCAGUUACUUUGACUUGAUUUUCCCAAUAGUAAUAACUCGUGCAGUAUUCGGAUACAUUGAUUGGAUAUAUGCAUGUUGCAUAGUGCUCGGAUGGCUACUGUUACUGUUUUUACUUAUUGCCAACACAUAUCUGAAAAUAAUAGUUGCCGGUAUAAGCACGGGUAAAACUUCCUUUGAAAUGGAUUUCGACAUUUAUAUUACAGAUACAAGGGGCAAAAAAGAUAAAUUAAUGUCAGUGUUCGGACCCCAUUGGAAACUUAACUUUUUGUUUCCUCUUCAUUUCAUAUAUGAACCAGUAGAUGAUACUGUAAGGUGGCCAACAAUAAAAGCUUGAUCUUGAUCAUAAAACUUCAUGUUGGGUGAUCACUUGACACAUGUUUUCUGUAACAUUGGGUCACCGCAAAUGGCUACACUCGAAGGUAUUUGCUAAUUUCUGGUUAUAUCUUUCAAUAUUUGAAUAAUAAACAUACGAGUAUACCAUGUUCUAGACAAGUAUUUGCCGAUUCCAACUGCACAUUUUUUAGCUUUUAUACUUUUCUCGACAUGAUUGAAGAAAUUGUGACCACAAUGUUACCACAUAAUUUCGUAAAAAUAUUACGUAUACUUCAAAGAAACAUGACUGAAAUCAUAGCGGAAAAAGGUCUACAAUGGACAGUUUGGAAACGGCAAACACUUGC